GCAAGCGGGUUGAGCCGACUCCAGCGCCACCGCCAACUCCCUCAGGAGGCACCCCAGCCAUCUCCGGAGUCACCAUCGGUCUGACAACUGUCACGGAGGAAAUGGACAGAGCUGAGGUCAUCUUCAGCUGGACCCAGUUCCUGUCCGCAGUAAUAGAAGACGUCAAAGACAUCAGGUCGCAGGGUGGUCAGCUUCUGACCUAUGAUAAGGAUGAGGCUGUGGAAGCCGUACUGGAAAUUAUGGAGGAUGUCAAAAAGCAUCCAGACCCUGGGUUCCUGCUGCGGUUAAGCCUGGACGCCGUCACGGAACUCACCAAAAUGAAGCCACCUAUGCCCUUCAAUCUCAAGGCAGCAGUCCUCAACGUGGCGGUGUCCGGGCUGAACCAAGUGGACCCAGGGACCCAGGAGAACAUGGCAUCCUUUAAGAAGAUGCUCAGGGGGCUGCUGGAGGAGGCCCCCUCUGUCUACAGCACCAUUGGCAUCUUGAAGGAGCUCCACAGGUAUAUUGAAUCAGAGGAGCCCCGGCUGCAGGCUCUGGGCCGAGAAGCCUACGUCUACGUCCUGCAGCAUGUGGCCAGACUGCCCAAUGUGGAACUGACCACACACAAGGCUCUCUUGCGCAUUGAAGAUGACUUGACUCAUCAUUUGAUUAAAAGCACCAUCAAAGAUGAUCUUGUCCUGGAGGACUUCAAUGAGGAGGAGGAGUUUGGCUGAGAGAGAACAACUACUACAACAAUAACAGAACUUGAAGUUACCAAGUGGCAGUAGAUUCAGGACAGACUGCUUUGCACAAUGCAUCUUUACGUCGUGGGAUUCCCUUCGAGAUGUCGGGAGUGCCACCGGCUUCGCUUAAGAAUUACGCCAAUUAACGGAAGAUAGGUCUGUCGAUAGACAGGCUAGAACUACUGAUGGAUGGGCUAACAGUCCAAAUUCCAAAACAGCCAUCCCAGUUCCUAGAGGAAAGGUCUCUCUCUCUCUCUCUCUCUCUCAUUUUAUUGAAUGAAAUGGCCUAACUUCCUGAAAGACUUACCUGGAGUCCCUGAUGAGCCGGAUGAGGGAGAACAAACUGAGGCUGAAUCCAAGGAAGACAAAGCAUUUUUCACCAACUACAAAUGAAAAGAUUCCUCAGCCAAUGCACACACUACACUGUGCUGCCAAUAGAGUGUGGCCCGUGAAGCUCGUCACUCCCACCCUGAUAUCUCUACUGCCUAAAGUCCACAAAAAAGUCUCAGUCAGCAGCUCUGAUUCCAAAAAAGCUGACUUGGGUAUCUACAAACCUUAAGUCUGCACAGUGACUUCCGGGCCAAGACAGGGAUCAUUACCUUCCCAACAUAGACUCGAGAGACCGCUCCACUCCCAACAAGGGAGACCCCAGAGAAGUCACACCAAGAUCACCCUCCGAUCCUGAAGGUGACAUCGACAAAGCACAUAUGGAGGAUGAUACCAUCAACACUAGCUGGUCUUCUCAAGACCGGCCGCCUCCGGACUGAAAAGAGUCUCCUGCACGAUACCAAUGAUCUAGAAGAGACCCUACAUGAUACCAACACUCUCCAGGCCACAGGGAAUCCCCUCACCAUCUGUACUCUCCAAAACACUAUCCCAUAGGAUUCGGCAUAUUGCUACUGAGAACCUCAACACUGAGACUACUCUCCAUCUGAUCAUGCCUGAUCGUUCCACUAACUUCUUGGACGGCAGAUCUGGCAUUGGUGAUAGAGGACGCUAUCUUCACCCUUGCUCUUGGGCUCCACAUCGAAACCAAUAUCCAGGGAGAUUGGACCAUCCAGACGCUCGGUCCCGAUCACAUUCUCCUCAGCACUGCCGGUCUUGGUCUCAGUCAAGAGAUAAAAGAACUCAACCACCUAAGCAGCCGCACCUUGACCCUCUACCACCAAAUUCCUGAACUGAAGAAUCCGCCUCAGAGGAAGAUGCUGAAACAGCUUUGGACAUCGCAUGGGGUUCCACACCUUCAGAUCCAAUUGAAGAUCCCAGGCCUCUGUCUCCCUCGGAGUACCUGAAGCUCUUUCAGCACCUGGAGAGAAGAAAGGGAGGGCCAAACUGAAUAGCAUGCCCUACCAUUUUUGAAAAAUGCUGGAACCCAACUUGCCCUCAUACAUACAAAAAAUGAUAUUCCCAAGAAGGUGUUAAUUCUCUUAGAAGGGUCAUUCAUGUCGAGCUUUGGCUGGAAGAGAAUGGAUGGCAGAAGAAUGUUUUUCAGAGCUGUGUAGUUAUUGGGACCAUUUUCAGCAUUUUUAAAGUGCCAAAAUGUCUUCAGAAUCCAGCUACAGAAUUCAGCUUCUUGAGUCUCAGCUUUCUGUCCCUCUUUGAAACAAAAAACCAAUUUCUAGCCCCUGUGAUUUUAGAAAGGUACGCAAAUGGUUCUUAAGAGGAUGUUGAUACUGUUGAAGGACCCCUGGACCUUGAAUGCUGAAGGACCCUGCUAACGGGGCAAAGAGGCACCUUUUUAACAUGGUGAUUCUCUUUAUUUACCGGGGGAGAGUAACUGGCCCUAUCCACCCCCAGCACAGCACCUCCAGUGACUCUUAGGUUUCUUUUUAGAUUGUCAGCCCUUUGGGGACAGGGAUCCAUCUUAUUUAUAUAUGAUUUCUCUAUGUAAACUGCUUUGGAAACAUUUGUUGAAAGCGGUAUAUAAAUAUUUGUUGUUGUUGUUGUUGUUGUUGUUGAUUUCCAGUGUUCAGAGGCCACAACUUCAUGGCUGUGUACCCUUCCCUUUCCAUUCCUAUAGUCAACAGAAGCACAAUUGUUUUGUUCAAAGUGAGAGAAAUAAUUGGAAGGGGUUUAAUUUGCAUCAGUUAUCUCAUCGCAGAACUCAACCUUGCUUGUUGCCGAAUUUAGGCUGUCGGUGCACACACAGAAUUGAGGCUGACAGCACACACAGUGCUGCCUGCAUGCAGUUCUUCCACAAAGCAGCAUCAUAAGAGGUUGUGCUCCAGUUCAUGGCAAGGCUUUUUUAAAAACUGCAUUGCCUUAACCCUCCUCCCCUUUAUGUUACAUAGGUCCCUGUUUUCCAAAUCCACACUCUGUUGGACCGAGUUCAUACAACUCAGGGUACGUGUACCGCGUGAAGCCCUCCAGUACAUCGAAGCCAACCAUGGAAGAUACCUGUGCAGGCAUGAAACUGGAAGACCUCACUACCCAAUGUACAGCCCAAUGGGAUCUGGCCCAUUGAUGAAAGGGAAGACGUCAUUCAACUCUACUGACCUGUCUAUAAGACACAACAACCUCGAAUAGGGAUGUCCAACUCAGGGUCCGUGGGCUGGAUCUAUCCUGUGGCGCUCCACUGUCCAGCAGUCGAGCAGGUCCAGCUGAUUCCUGCCGUGAGUGCCGCCACAUUCCCUGUCUUCCCUCUCGCCAGCACCGCUGCAGCGACCGCUGAGCAGGGGCCAGGAAGUCCAUCACCAGCAUGGCCGAGAAGCGGCCCUUAUCCAGCCCUUCUUUCCCCCAUCAGGAAGUCAUGGCCAGAAGAGGUUUUCCCUUUUGAGAUGCUUUCUUCAUUUUGCCCAACAGACCCAAUAAAGGAUGUAUUAAUUGCAGGAUUUUGUUUUCAGUAUCAUACAAAAAUUGGUGUCUUUCACAUUUUCACACCAAGCAAGGACAAUAAAUGAUUUUAAUGUUUUAUUUUUGUUUCAUGUGUACUGUUUAUUGUAAACCUCCCAGAGACAUACGU